UAAACACUAAGACAUCACCACUGAACCAAAGCAUUGAACCAAGCAACCACGCAACGAUGACAUCGAUGCAAGCCCUACUCAAGAGAACCAUUGCCACCGCUAAACCCAACACUUGCAACUUAUGCGCAUCCUUUUCUUCUCUACGACCCUCCGCCGCUACCGCCGACAGUGUCCCUGCGCGGCCGCAACUUCCGCCGUUCGAUUACCAACCCCACCCCUAUCAUGGACCCUCCGCCGACCAAGUCCUCGCCAAGCGCAGAAAGUUCCUUGGUCCUUCCUUGUUUCACUAUUAUCAGAAACCGCUGAAUAUUGUGGAGGGGAAGAUGCAGUAUCUUUAUGAUGAGAGUGGGAGGCGUUAUCUCGAUGCAUUUGCAGGGAUAGUUACUGUUUCUUGCGGACAUUGCCACCCUGAAGUUUUGAAUGCUAUCACGGAGCAGAAUAAACUUCUGCAGCAUGCUACAACCAUUUAUCUGCACCAUGCAAUAGCUGAUUUUGCUGAGGCUUUGGCAUCAAAAAUGCCUGGAAACCUUAAGGUUGUUUAUUUUGUGAAUUCUGGUUCAGAAGCAAAUGAAUUAGCAAUGAUGAUGGCUCGUUUAUAUACUGGUAAUCUUGGUAUGAUUUCUUUGAGGAAUGGAUAUCAUGGGGGGAGUUCUAAUACAAUUGGUCUGACUGCUCUGAACACAUGGAAAUACCCAAUUCCAGAGGGUGAAGUUCAUCAUGUUAUGAAUCCAGAUCCAUAUCGUGGAGUUUUUGGCGCAGAUGCUAAUAGCUAUGCAAAAGAUGUCCAAGACCAUAUUGACUAUGGAACAUCGGGGAAAGUUGCCGGAUUUAUAGCUGAAACAAUUCAGGGAGUUGGAGGAGCAGUUGAACUGGCACCUGGGUACCUAAAACUUGUUUAUGACAUUGUUCAUAAGGCUGGUGGUGUCUGCAUUGCCGAUGAAGUGCAGACUGGGUUUGGCCGCACAGGAAGCCAUUAUUGGGGAUUGGAGACCCAGGGUGUUAUUCCUGAUAUAGUUACCAUGGCAAAGGGUAUUGGCAAUGGUUUGCCAUUAGGAGCUGUUGUUACAACACCAGAAAUAGCAAGCGUGAUGGCCCAGAAGAUUCAAUUUAAUACGUUUGGUGGGAACCCUGUAUGUUCUGCUGGGGGACUUGCAGUGCUCAGGGUUCUGGAUAAGGAGAAGCGUCAGGCUCAUUGUGCUGAUGUUGGUUCUCACUUGCUCGAGCGUUUAAGAUCUCUUAAGCAAACACAUGAAAUCAUUGGAGAUGUGAGAGGAAGAGGCUUAAUGGUGGGAGUAGAGUUUGUUACUGAUCGAAAAGAGAAGACACCUGCAAAGGUUGAAACUAAUGUCUUGUUUGAAAAACUUAGAGAGCUUGGUGUUCUAAUUGGAAAAGGAGGACUGCAUGGAAAUGUUUUCAGGAUUAAGCCACCAAUGUGUUUCACCAAAGAUGAUGCAGAUUUUCUUGUGGAUGCCUUGGACUAUGCUAUAUCAAAGUUAUGAGAUGAUUAUGCAUCCUGCUAGCAUGAAAUGAAAUCCUCCAUAUUUCACGUUCAUGUGUUUCGCAUAUGUUCCUCAAUAAAUGUAAUGUUCACCCUUAGGUGAGUGUGGACAACUGUUGUAUAUAAUUGGAUUUCAUGUUGGAAAAAGAUUACUCACAUGUUGGUUCAAC